GACUACGAGCCGGACCCGGCCCCACACUGCAGCCCGCCGGCGUCGACGAUAGCCUUGACGGAGGGGGGAGGGAGGGGCACGCCUCCCGCGACAGCCAAUGGGAGCCUGCGCGCGCCGCCCCAAGGUCGCAGCUCCGCCAUGAGUGACGUCAAAGGGGCGGCGCCCGUGAAGCAGAAGCUGUCUGGAGGCCCCCACGGGUGGAUCGUACCUGCCAACUCCCGAUUUCGUCUGCAGCUGGAGCGCUGACGUCACUGGGCGGCGACCAAUCAGCGGCCGGCGAGCAGCGAGUCGGCGGCAGCGGUGGAGGCGCUGCAGUAUCGUGACGGACGACCGAGCGGAGGCAGCUGGUAGCUCCGAGACGACCCAGGGCUUCUGCUCGCGCACGUGACUGCCGUCUGAGGUCUCUGACGUGAGUCUGUGCCAGUGAAGAAGUUGUGGUAGCAGUCGGUGCUGACAGAAAUCUAUCACCAUGUCGAUGAUGGCUGCCAACCGGGUGCGACGCGGCAGGAAGCGCGCCGACAGCCUGAUCACCGUGGAGGCACACGGCGAGGGUCUGCUCUGUUUCGCCGCCGACGGCUCCUGGUUCCAGGGCCAGCUCGAGGCCGUCGAUGAGCGCGACUUCGACCUGGUGGGCCGACGGGUGGCCGACGAGCCGAUCCGGAUCCCCACCUGCGCCUCCGAGGACGUGGAGCAGGCCAUCCUGCUGGAGUCGGGAGAGUGCGGCAGCGACGACUCUGGCCGGCCGGAGAGCCCUCCUCUGACGGAGGCUGAGCGCUCGCCGGAGCUGCAGCGCGCCCACCUGCUGCGGCGCGGCUCGUCGGCCAGCAGCCCCGGCUCCAAGUGUUCGCCCACGGCCUUCGAGUCGGCGAUGCGCGCACUGGCGGCGGUGGCGCCCGGCACGCCCGUCACCUACGACGUCAACAUCCGCGACCGUGAGGAGGGCUCCGAGCACCGGGUACGCUUCGUGCCGGGCUUCAGCGCCGGCUCUUCGUGCCACCUGGACAGCAAGGAGCUGCAGUUCACCGCCGAGAAGCGCUACCGCGGACAGAAGGCCGACAUGGUCAUCCAGAAGCGACUCGGCAGGGCGCUGGUCGGCCAGGGCUGUGUCGUCUUCACCGGCCAGAUGCGCGUCGAGUACCAGUUCGACUACAUGUCCACACCCAAGUGGGUGCUGUAGGUGCCCGCGUCGGCGACUGGCGGCUCUGGCUGAGUCGCUGCCGUUCUUCAGGUAGACGCGCGGCGGACGGCAGAGUCAGCGGGUGGCCAGGUGCCUUCAGGUGAGCUCCGCGACCUCCGGCGCGCGCGUGCGCCGCCGAUGAUCUCACGUUGUGGGGCGAGCUCCAGUGUUCUUCUCUUUAAGGACGCGUUUGUACGGCUCCGUGACGCCAGCUGUGCACAAUGUAACUGUGAUGGAUAACCAAGUUGUGGGGAGUUCAGAGACGCAGCGCAGAAGAUAAAGCGUUCUUUUUUCUUGUCCUGUCGUAGUGUUAAGCGCAAGGCCGAAUGUCAAUCAGUGUGGCAGAGAUACAUGUCAACGAUGAUUUCGUUCACCACGCGUGAAUGAAUGUCUCGCAGAGUGGGUAUAUAUCGCCAGUCCUGUUGUGUUUUCUAUGAUCGCGGUUGUCGCGUUAUGAUAAGCGUUUUGUCAAUAUGGUACGGUGUGUAGUAGGUACUGCUCUUUGCAGUACGAGUCGUAUGUGAUUUGCGCAUACGGGUGUGCUAAAUGUUUGUGUAAUGAAAUAGAAUACAUCUUUUCAGGCA